AUGGAGGAGCGGGAUCAUUUUCUUUUAGAACUCCUCCGUCUGGAGGGUCGCAGAUGCACGAAUGCCCCUGAAUUUCGAUGUGAGGAUUGUCUUGGUACUGAGCUCUAUUGCAAGGCAUGCACGGUAGAAAGGCAUAUAGAAAAUCCAACCCACAGAAUUGAGAACGGCCAACAUUUUGAAGACACUGACCUGCAGGAUCUUGGGCUGCAAGUUCAACUUGGACACCCCCCUGGUGAACAUUGCUCUAACCCAUCAUCGGCUCACAAUGACUUUGUGGUCCUCGAUAUCAAUGGAGUGCACAAUAUUACACUCCACUUCUGCGAGUGUCAAAUGGCUCAAUCUCGUACGACACAACUCCUUCGCAUGUGUUGGUUCCCAGCAACUACACUGGAACCGAAGACUACCGCAAUGUUUCGACUUCUCCACCACUUCCAUAUUCUUUUGUUUGAAUUGAAGGCUUCCACUUUUGAGUAUUGGCAAACACUCGCGCGCUUGACUAAUAACACAGGCGUUAACCCACCAAAGGCGACGCAGCAUGGUGCAUGUGCAGUGCUGUGUCCUGCUUGCCCUCAACCAGGCAAGAAUCUUCCGAGUGGCUGGGAAGAUACACCAUUUGAGCAAAGAUGGAAAUAUUCCUUGUUUCUUGCAAUUGAUGCUAAUUUUCGACUGGUGCACAAAAAUGUAUCAUCCAACAAGGCCGACCCUGGUCUUAACAAAGGCUGGGCGUACUUCGUCGAAGAGAAGGCAUUCAAGAAGUUUCUCCAUGACACUGGAAAGCAGCCACAAGAGAAAAGUAGCUGUGCUAGCCAUAACACUGUAAACUUGGCCGAGACUAAAAACUCUUGCGGUUUGGCAGCAACAGGGGCCAGCACUGUUGAUUGUUCACGCCACAACAUGAAGUGUCCUUGCGGCGUUGGAGAUCUCCAGAAGGGCAAGAGGUACAUCAAUAUGGACUAUUUAUUCUUCUCUACCCUGCAAUACUCGAAGGAUGUAGUCACACUCAACGUGUCCUACGAUAUUGCAUGUCAAUGGAGCAAGAAUUUAUGGGAUUGUAUGGCUACAUACCCAUGUCAAAUGCAUGUUGAACGCAGUACCAAAGAAUUUGUGUUCCUUGUUCCUAAAUUCCAUCUUCCUGCACACAUCGCAUUCUGCCAAGUCACAUAUUCACACAACCUUAUCAAAGGGAUGGGACGCACUGAUGGGGAGGCACCAGAGCGCGGGUGGGCCAAUAUCAAUCCUGUAGCAACAAGCACUCGGGAGAUGGGCCCUGGCUCAUGCCGUGACACCCUCGACGAUCACUUCGGAGAUUUUAACUGGAAGAAAGUGACCAACUUUCCCAUACCUCAGCAUGAUCAGCACCUCGCUGACUUUAACGAUUUCAACGACACGUUGUGGAAGCUGGCUAUUGAAGGCUGGGAAGCCGAUAGAUCACAGACAAAUCCCUUUGAGGUUACAACUACAACCAUGUCUCUCGCAGCAGUACGACUGUGUCUCUCGCAGAAGGAAGCAGAAGACCUGGAACACGACCUCAACUACUCACUGCAUACGGAGGUAUCGCCAAGUGUUCUUGUGUUGUCGGGUAUUGAAAUCGAAGACCAGCAAUGCCGGCUGGAAAGAGAGUAUGCUGCCUUGGGAGCUCACCCAACGGACCUUCAGCUUAUGAAAUUGCAAGAACGGAGCAAUGCGCUACAAUGCAAGAUUGAGCAAUGGUGCAAGGUCCAGGUGUUAUACAUGCCUAUGGUCGUCCAUGUUCGCAUAUCCGAUACAGCUAGUACUGUAAGCUCAUGGGAAGAAAAACCCUAUGAGGUCAAACUGUGGUUGCCGUCCCAGCUCAAAAGGGCUUCAAAACGAAUUUUAUAUGAAUGGGAGCUGCGACAGGCACAAGCAUUUGAUGCUCUCGAUGACCUCCGUCGACACCUCCGACUGCGCAGCCACUUAUACAAGUUCAAAGACAAUCAAUUGCAUGGCCAAUGGGCCAAUACACAUGCAGUGGGAGUUCUCGCUAAGGUGGAGCUUAGCAUCAAGACAGAUUCAGAGUGGUACCGUAGGGCCUGGACUGCUCUAGUUAUCCUUGGCGAUGUUUUGCAGGAACAUAGCUGGAGAGAUGAUCUACUAAAGCUAGAACCUGAGCAUGUUCGUGGAAUGUCUGAUGGCCACAUAGGCCAAUCCGAAGGUAAUCGAACUUUAUCGUGGAUUUGGAAGGCACGCAGUGUCACUACUGGAGAUAGGAAAGGAGAGACCGUUCUUGCUGAUGUGCUACAUGUAGAGUGGUGUAAAUCUCGGGCGCGCACACACCGUUGGACAGAAGAAGUAGAGCUUCUCCAGGAGGAGAUGCGGCGCAUGUGCACAUUCUUCAACUGGCAUGCGGUGUGGUGGAAGGAUCAGGCAAACCGGAGGAUUGGGUUGGACAUUGCAGAGUUAGAAGGCCUUGAAGCAUAUGCAAAGCGCCAGGCGGCCCUUCGGAUUAUGAUGCAGGACAACUGUCUAAGAAAAUGGCGUGCAGUUCCUGUGAGCUUACCCCCAGCAGUGGCGGUGCCCUGA